GCCCUAAAAAUCAAAUCUCACCUUCCUCUGUUUCUCUCUCUAAAUCCUCAUGGAUCCUUCUCUCUCUAUAUCCAGUGACCCUCAGCACCAUCCUCCGCCUCAGUUCGCCGGAUUUCCCUUCUCCGUCGCCAAUCCCUUCUCCUCCGCUCCGAGUCACCCCUUCUUCGCCGGUUCCGUUAACCCUGCCUCUGUCGUCGCAAGCAACAACCAUGCCUUUCAAGCUGCGCCGCCGACUCAGCCACCGCCGCCGACUGCUCCGGCUCCAGCUCCGCAAACUGCAGCUCUGCUUCCACCACAUCCUUCCUUCAACCAUCCUCCUUACUCCGACAUGAUAUGCUCGGCGAUUGCGGCGUUGAACGAGCCUGACGGGUCGAGCAAGCAGGCGAUAUCGAGGUACAUCGAGCGAGCGUAUACGGGCUUACCUAUGGCUCAUGGGGCCUUGUUGACUCACCACCUGAAGACUCUAAAGAAUAGUGGUGUCCUUAUCAUGGUUAAGAAAUCCUACAAGUUCGCUUCCACUCCUCCGCCGACCCCAGCCGCUGCUGGUCUCGAAGCUCCCAGAUCUGAUCUGUCCAGUAACACGGCCAACGACCAGCCUCAGCAUGAUCAGACCGGCGCCCCUACCGCUGCGUCUGCUCCAACUGCUCAGAAGCGCGGGCGAGGUCGACCACCGAAGCCCAAACCCGAGGCUCAACCCAGCGAGGCUACGGUUCAGCCCAACGGUCAAGCUCAGACCAACUGGGAACAAAACGACAUGUCUGUCUCCCGGUCAUCUGAGGAGGUUCAGCCGAGCAGGAACCCACCGGGUCGUCCUAAGAAGAACGGAGGUGCCGCUCCGGCACCGUCUUCUGCCGCGACUGGGAUCAUAAAGAGAAGGGGAAGGCCGCCGGGUCGGAGGGCUGCAGGGAGACAAAGGAAGCCUAAAUCUGUGGCGGCCCCGGCAACAGUGUACGCCUACGUGGCCAACGGUGCCAAACGCCGCGGUAGGCCGAAGAGGGUUGAUUCUGGUAUUACUGUGGCUCCGACCAACGCAGAAAGCGGGGAUACGGCGGCGGAGAUUUUGCCGGCCAAGAGGAGAGGACGAGGACGGCCGCCGAAGAUCGGCGGUGUCAUCAGCAAGCCUAUGAAACCCAAGAGGCGCAUUUCUCGCACAGGCAGACCCGUCGGCAGACCCAGAAAGAAUGCGCAAUGGGUAACUGGAGGUGGUUCUGGGCAGCAAGAUGGGGGCUAUGGAGAGCUCAAACGAAAGUUUGAUACUUUGCAAGAAAAAGUAAAGCAAGCUGUGAACUUGCUGAAAUCCGAGUUAACAAGUGAUAAUCAAGCUGUGGUGCAAGCCAUCCAAGAGCUUGAAGGGCUUACGGCGAUGGAGCCAGAGGGCAUGGAGGAAGAGCAGCCGGAAGAGGCAAACCCCGAAACAGGAGCCCGGGCAGAGGGAGAAGAGCAAGAGCAAGAGCUAGAGCAAGCACAGACAGAAGCAGAGGCAAUGCAAGAAGCACUGUUCUGAGAAUAAAAACCCAAAGACAGAUCUUUGUUGUUGUCUCUAUGGGUGAUGUGAUGAUGGGUCUCUCAGUAGUAGGUUGUUGUUGGGUCUUUAUUUAAUUUUCUCUGGAGGAUUUUUAUUCUAUAGGUUGUCUGGAGGCGGAAAAAGACCAAACCGGGAGGAGGGUGGUCUCUAACCAAAAAAAAAAAGUUGCGAGUAGGGAAUGUGUGUAAAGUGAUGUUAGGGAUGUUUCCAUUGUCUGUCUCUGUAACUUUGCUGAUGUUUUUAUUAUUUUGCUUCGACUCUGUUUUUUGUUUUGAAUGUACUAGUUGGAAUCUCAUUGUUAGA